CCAGGAGAGAGGAGCUGGAGAGCCCGAAGCCAGUGCAGGGAACUCUGGAACCUGGAGGCCAUCUUAGCCCUGUGUAGAAGAGAGCUACCAUGUGCACAGGGAAGUGUUCGAAGUGCAUUGGGAUCACCCUGUUCCCACUGGCAGCAUGCGCCAUCGUCUCCAACGUCCUUCUGUACUUCCCCAAUGGCCGAGUUCUGCAGCUCAGCGAGAUAACCGAUCUGGUCUGGUUUUUCCAUGGCAUUCUGGGAGCUGGGAUACUGGUUAUUUUGCCGGCAUUCAUGAUGCUGGGAGCAGGCGGAGCCGGAUGUUGCGCUAACAGAUGUGGGAUGCUGCUGUCAGUGGUCUUGUCAGUGCUGGGAUUCGCAGGAGGAGUGUAUUGUGCGGUCAUCUCCUCGCUGGGGCUGAUUGGGGGCCCUCUGUGCGACACAGGUGAUGGAGAAUACCUCUACCCUUUCAGGAACAACACUCUGGAAGACAAUUAUUUGUUCAACCAGACAACAUGGAGCAUUUGCAAAGAACCUGAAAACAUCAUCCUUUGGAAUAUUGUCCUUUUUUCUAUUCUCCUGGCCAUCGGUGUGAUUGAAGCUAUUCUUUGUUUUAUUCAAGUCAUCAGUGGACUUACUGGCUUCAUAUGUGGCUCAUGUAUGAGGAAAAGAAAGACAAAUAUUUCCGGAAUGUGAAUGACCUACAGGGGAUGCCAAGACAAGCCCUGAGCUGCCAAUUCACAUGCAAUAAGGAUAGUGCACUGUGCUGUAUUUAUGGGGGGACAACAAAGAGAAUCCAAAAUGUUUAGGAGUUUCAUGGGGCAAAAUGAAUUUUUUUAUAAAGAAGUCAGCAUGGAAAAGGGCCAGAUCAUUUAGAUCUGAGACUCCAGAUUUUCACCUCUCUAAAUAUUUCUGCUAAAUCUCAGGUACCGGCAAAAACACUAAUCUGUCUGGUCCUGUCUGCCGUACUUGCACAUAAAACACAAGGGUUCCCAGACAAAAGUUCACCACUUGCCCUCUUGUGUAUAUGGGAAACUGCACCGCUGUUAAUGUGUGCAUUUAUCAGCUGCAGGAAGCAGGAGGUCUGGCUGGAUGUAAAUAACUUCCCGUUCCCUCCAAAUCCCACCUUGAGCUCACCUGUCUGUUCCUAUUAGUUUGCUAAGUGGGCAUUUCCAGAUUUAAAUUAGGAUGCGCAGAGAGUGGUUUUCAGCUGCCCCGGAGCCAAAUCCUCUUGUGCUCAUUUGGCAGCUUGCUGUCACGUUUGACAAAGUCCGGUGCACUUCUAAUUCAGUUCUUCAGGAGUAUCUCAGAGGCGUGGUAGCCCUGGAGGGGCAUUUGGGUCAAUAUAGACAGUAGGGUUUGGAGCAAGAGUUUAGCAAUGUCCAAUUUAACAAAAAGGAGGAGAAACUUGGCACCAAUGUUGCCCUCACGAGACUGCAUAGGAGUCUCACAAAUUUCCACGCAGGUCUGUAGGGCUGUUCUAGACUAGACCACAUGAACAAAGCAACUAACUGUGAAAGAUAAACAUUAAAUCAAUAAGUGUAGUAAUUAUGUGCAGCUUAAUAACAAAAAAGAGAUAUAAUCUGAAAGGCAAGAAAUUGCAUCAGUCUUAGUGUUACAGCAACAGUAAUCCCAACCAGGAACUGCGUAAUUCCCCAUCAUCACUCAAGAUCAAGCCCUUGAUGGUAAAAUCCAUGGCCAGCAAAUUUCAGAAACCCCAUUAUUUCAAUGCCUUCCUCAAAGGCUAAUUCUUGAACAUGCCACUGGCUUCCCUGAGUCAACCAAACUGUAAAAUAAUCUUUAUCCAUCCUGAAGGCAUGUAUGCAGUUAUGAAAAUCUGAAUAUAUGUAAAGCACUUGGAGUCUGUUUUUCAAAGAGAGGCAUUUAUGCUUUCUCAGUCAAAAGUUGUUCAUAUUUCUGCAUCGCAGCAUGGGAGCAAGUUAUUUGAACACAGUUAUUGCAGACACAUAUGGCUGUUUGUGUUGUCCUCUAAUGCAGUACACAAACUCCUUUACACAAACUGGGGAAGAAAAUAUUAGUUGUGCCAAGAUGAGGAGCACAUGUACACUCCCUUAGAGCGUAGCUUCAUCUUUAGAAGCAGGAAAUUUGCCCCAUAAAACUUAAAAGUACCUUCUGUAAAUAAAAAGCAUAAGACUUGUUCAAGUUUGCAAUCAUGACUAGGUGCGUCCAAACCUGCCAGGUGGCUUAAAAACUCAUGUUCAUUGUCAGCAAUGAAGCCUGGAGAGUGCUACCAUAUAAAAGUAGACAUCAAAACAAAGCCAUCUGAUUCAAAAAGAGUCAAGAAGGCAGCUACAAGUAAGGAUGUUCAGCACGUAGUCAGACAGAGCGAGACUCCUUCAUCAGCAGAAGGGCUCUAUGAGCUCUUCACGGUCCCUAAAUAGGAGCCCUGCCCUCAUCCUUUAGUUUUGCCUCCCUGACUCUAAUUUCCAUGAUAAAGCCAGUCUGGGCUGUGCCAGCAGUGGGAGAGGGAGAGGUACCCACUGGCACACACCAACGCCAGCACGGGAACGUAAAUGUACCGUACUGCUGCCACCUGCUUGUGCCAAGCUGUCCUGCCCUGGGGAUGUUUAGUGUCACGUCUGUGUGCUUACAGGGACACCCUCUGUCCUGCCAACUGUGC